AUGCAUAUUAAUCAAAAUUUACAAAUCUUCCCAUCUCAAACAAGUUCUAAUGAAUCUCCAACAAGAAUGUAAAUUAAAAUAUUUAUCAUGUUAAAGGACUAUUAUUGAUUAGAUCUCUCCAAUCAAAGAAAUUAUUCCCUUAUAUCUUAACAGACCAAGUCAAAAUCAAUCAAGAAAAAAUUCAAAAGAAAAGCCUUAAUUAAUUACAUCUAAAUCAUAGGCUUCAAUUAAAAUCUAAUCUAAUAAAAUUAUAUAACAAUCUCUUAAAGCAAAAAAUUUCUAAGAACCAAAAAAUAAUAUUGCUUAAGCUAUAACUCUAUUAGAUUCAUUGAAACUUAAAUAUGAUAAUGUUCUCGAAUCAAAAAUUGAAACUAUUAUUUGUAUUCUCAGAGCCUAAUUUUUUGAUAAAGAAAACUAUACUCCUAAUUUAGAAUUAUUAUAAUAAAUUAGCUCUUUAUAAUCAACUAAUAAAACACUACUUAAUGAAUUAUAAUUGAAGAAAAGCUAAAUUUCUGAUUUAUAACAAAUGAUUGAUAAAUUUAAUAUUUAGAUUAAACACUUAUCAUAAAUCACUAAUGAUUUAUAAUAAAAUAAUUUUGAACUUUAAUAACAAUUAAAAUUUAAAGAAAAAUAAAAUGCAAAUAGUUCUUAAUUUUAAUAACUUGAUUGUUCACUUAAUAUAGAAGUUUACCCUUAAAUUUAAUCAGAUUAAAAUAUCUAUUAUUAAAAUAAAGUAUAAAUUGACCUUAGAUAGAGAUUUGACUAAGUUGGUAAAAUAUAUUAAUUAAUAUAUAGUUAUUCCAAAUUAAAGAAAAGAUUAAGAUCUAUUAUUAAAAGUAAAUGGCAACAAAUAAUUAUAAAAUCAAACAGAUAUUACAAUUAUAAAUAAAAAACAUUAAGAAAUCAAGUAAAAAAAAUGA